AAAUGUUCUCAAUAAUUGCUUGAAAAAAUUUAUAAUCCCAAUGUCAUCAACAAAUCGACAAUUUCAGGCGAUGCCUUCGUUCUCACUGAGCUUUCCUUUCCUUUUGUUGGUUUUCUGCUUUAUCGGCUUACUAGCUGCGGAUGAUCUCCCACAUAAAUCCGGCGGUGACGUCUGCUCCGGGGGUUCUGAUCGUAGAACUCCCGAUAUUCGACUUAACCGACCGACGUCCUCCGUCGUCGGAAACUGCCCCGCGGAGCCGAGUCCUUUAGUUAUGGCUGACGACGAGAAGUACGGUAACAAAAUGGUUAUCAGUCUCACUCCUCGCCUUUACGACUAUGUCCUCAACAACGUUCGCGAGCAUGAGGUUUUGAGGCAACUUCGAGAAGAGACUGCUAUUAGUCAAAUUCAGGUGUCGCCUGAUCAAGCGCAAUUGCUUGCGAUGCUUGUGGAGAUUCUUGGAGCAGAAAGAUGUAUUGAAGUUGGAGUUUACACGGGAUAUUCAUCAUUGGCUGUGGCGUUGGUUCUACCAGAAUCAGGGCGUCUUGUUGCUUGUGAUAAAGAUGCUAACGCUCUUGAAGUUGCUAAGAGGUACUAUGAGCUUGCCGGAGUGUCUCACAAGGUCACUGUGAAGCAUGGUCUUGCAGCAGAAUCUUUGAUGUCUAUGAUUCAGAACGGUGAAGAGUCCAGCUAUGAUUUUGCAUUUCUCGAUGCUGAUAAGGCUAUGUAUCAGGAGUACUUCGAAUCGCUACUUCGACUCGUCAGGGUUGGUGGAGUCAUUGUGAUUGAUAAUGUUCUUUGGCAUGGAUGGGUUGCGGAUUCUAUGGUAAAUGAUGAGAGGACCAUCAGCCUUAGAAAUUUCAACAAAAAAUUAAUGGAUGAUCAACGUGUAAGCAUUAGUAUGGUAUCAAUCGGCGAUGGUAUGACCAUAUGCCGCAAGAGGUAAUCAUCCCUAAAAACCACACAGCUCGCAGUGGACCUGAUCCAAGAGAGAAGUCUUCAAACAUUAAAGGAUUGAUGAAGCCAAGAUAUAUUAUUUCAGGAGAAGGAAACAGUUCCUUUGUCCUGACUCUUAUCUAUUCUCACAAACACAAAAGACUUAUCAACUUUCCCUUUUCAGUCAAAAUAAAUUGAAGAAUUGAUAAGAUAAACCAAUUUGUGGGCUUAUUGGGCCUUGAUAUGUACUGUUUUCUAUGUCC